AUGACGAAGUUCCUAUUGACCACGGCCGGCGUGGCCUCGGUGCUCACGCUGCUCAGCGGAGGCCGAAGGUAUCAGUCAGAGUCACAUUUAGCCGCGCGCGACCUUCCCGCCCCCCCAGGCCCCAGGGGACGCCCCAGGCGACCGCUCGAACCUCACAGGCAGCGCCCCUUCCCGAACGACGGCGCCUACCUCCGGGCCCUGGCCGACGUCCACGACUACUGCUCCGACGACUUCAUGCGCCUCUGCACGUCGCAGGGCACGGAGAUGGAGGAGGAGCCCGCCGACGAGGGACUCGUCGCGCCGGUCCGCCGCCUCGCCACGCUCCUGAUUGACGUGCGCGCCGUCGACGCCGACGCCGAGGCCCACGGGCCCUCGCGCCACGCGGCGCCGCUCCGCCUCGGCCGCGGCCGCGACAUGUGCCUUCGUGCCCACCUGUGCAUAAAUCAAAAUUUCACGACGCGUUCCUCCGCGCCACACCUGCUCGAUAGCGUGGCGGUGCCGAUUCCUUCGCCACCCGACUCACUGGUUGAUUUGCGCACAGGUGCCCACUAUGACGAGCUCUCGACGGAGUGCAAGGCGGCUGUGGCCUUAGUAGACGACGCCGCGGAGGCCAUGCCCCACCACGGCAUGUGCCCGUUCAUGAUGUCUCUCUUCUUCGGCGCGCUGAUCGGCAUGGUCUUCCUCGUGCGUAAGGUGCGCGCGAAAAAGCAGAUCAUGAAGAAGAUCCUCGAGGCCAUCCGCGCGGACACGCAGCUCCAGGCCCUCGUCGAGGCCAAGGCCGGCGUCUCCGUGCCGGCGCCGUGCAACUGCAAGUGCGGCCUCCACUUCCGCGCCGCCGUGUUCGCGCUCCUCCUCAGCAUGUUCGUCGGCGCGCCGCUGGUCAUGGUCGUCUCCCUGAUCGGCUGCUGCUGCUGCAAGUGCUGGAAGUGCUGCCGCGGCGGCUGCUGCGCCCCGAAGCCCGACGCGGCGCCGGAGGACUACGCCGCGCUCUCCGACACCGAGAAGCAGCAGCCCUCGAGCCUCCUCGCCGCGUCGCGCGACGAGAAGUAGACACCGACGCUCAUCUGAAGCCUACGCCCCAUACGCCCCCUCGUUCCCUGUCCUGAUUACGUAAAAAAGAUUUUAUAUGA